AUGACCAUCCAUUUCACCACCAUGCUACGACAAAUAGGACGUCACAGCGUUGGUCUGAGACGGUACACGACCGCCGGAACACGUGACUCACAUGUGCUCACUGGCUCUGUCUACGGCACCACCGAAAUCGAUCUGUUCAACCGUCCCACCAGUACGGAAAAUGACGUGAAACUGGAACCGUCUGAAACCGCCAAAGUAGAUGGAAAAGUGUCCAUGGAGCCCCGAAUCCCCAACAAGCUCAUCAGUCAGGUGCGUGGUCUAUUUCCCGAUCGGGACUCUCUCCAUGCCCGAGUUUCUCUGGCUGAUUCCGUCGGUAGAACCAGAAUCGGUAUUGUGCCUCUGGGUCCCCAAGAUAUGACUGUCAAGAAGCGCAAGGACGCUAACAUUCUCAAUGCUCUACUGGCAGACCCACUGGCAUCCGACCAAAGGUGGUACGACGCUUUUCUGGCUAGAAUUGCGUCCAAGGAUAUCGUUCUGAGUCCUGGCAAAUACACCGGCCACGGCACACAAAACUCGCGAUGGGACAUGAGCUUGCCCUCGCCAUUCCUAAAGGAGGUAGAUGUGGACAUUAUGGAGGCCACUUCAUUCGCGGAUUCUCUCGAUAACAUUCGAGAUUGCCAUUGGAUCAUCUAUGUCGGAGAAGGAGAGGGUCUCAAGGCAUGGCCCUCCGUGAACCUGCGAGACCUGGCUGAGGACGACUUCGUGGCUAUUGUCAGUGCCACACUUACAGUCAACUCCGAAGAGGCCUUUGAGGCCGUUUCUCUGCUCAGAAAGUCUCCUUCCAACUCCCCCAAGUACCUCAAGCUGUGGCAGAAGUCCAAUUUUGAGCAAUUAUCUCGAGCAAUGAAGCGAAUGUCCGCCAACCACGACCGUGCUCUUCGAUACAGCAUUUACCAGACCUGCCGGGAUUUGUGUGCCUCUGACGUGUCCAAGGAGUCUCUUAUGAAGGGCGAGGCGGACACUAUCAAGACUCUGCGGUCAGAAUGGUCCCGAAACGCCCACCGGGAACUCCAGACGGUGCUAAAACAACAGCUGCUCAAGUGGCGACAAUCGGAACUGCCCUGGUACAAGCUGUACUGGCGAAUUGACGACGUUGAUGGAAUCACCCGAGAUUCUCUCGAAUACGCAUUCUUGCCUGCUUCAAGACAAUCCAUGUGCUACCUGCUUGGCCGAAUCGACGGCUUUGCCUGCACCACUCCUAACUCUCCCGAGCCUCUCACCGACGGCAUCUACGGACUUUCUCCCGUCGAACAUUGGGACAGCCCCUCAGACGACGUGAUUGGCCAGACGCUGGAGGAGUUGGAUGACACUCUGGUGUCUGAGCUGCACUCGAGAGCUUACCACGAGUUCCUGAAGGUUGUACUCGGCAUCCAGCUUCCUACAGUCAUCAUUCCUGCUCUUGGAGUAUACCUCUACGACCUUUCUCUUUACAACAUGGGCUCUAUCGCAGCCUUUGGUAUUGUCUGGGGAUGUUUCAAGCUGCAAAAGACCUGGGACGCUCUCUGCAGCGACUUCUCUGUUGCAGUUUUUGAGAAGGCCAGAGCCAGCAUCAACUCUUGUGAACAGCUCAUCUGGAGCAGAUGGGAGGGUAAGGCUAUCGAGGAGAAGGAGAGAGUGGACGACCGAAAGAAGUUGGUUGCGGAGAUGGAGGAGUCGAUCACACAGAACAAAUAG